AUGCCAGAGCUUUGCUUAGGAAAUUGCCUCAAAAAAGAAAAUCGGCGAAUGAAAGCCAGGCAGAACCGGAUGAGAAGCAUUGAUAAUCACGAAAUCGAAGAUCAUAAUGAAGAUGAUAAUGAAGCUGAAGGUGGGCAAGAAAUCAACGACUUUACCGAUUUUGAUCUUGCCUACCAGAGUCUAAACCCAGCAAAAAUGUGGACCCUUGAAUCAUCUGGCCGUAUUGUUGAGAAGAUCAUUUAUGAACAUGCACGAACUUUAAAGCAUGAAUCUCAUUUACAUUCCUUUAUUCUUAACGAUGUCGAUAAGAAAGCACAAUCAUUAUUCCGAAAAGAAGA